AUGUAUGAACGCAAAAGAGACAACGGAGCCGCUGCUGGCUCUGUUCCUCCUCCUCUUCCUCCUCCUCCUCCUCCUACUCCACCACCUCCCCCGCCCGAAGAUCUCAGCUCGGAAGUCUCCCCGUUCGUCAUGAAGCUGAAAGCUGCCCCUCCUGGCUAUUUUUUCCAGCUCGAAAGACCACCACCUCAUACAGAUUCAUUCGCUGCGCCAACCGGCCCUUAUUUCUUCUACGGUACCCUGUCUGACCCAGCUAUGCUGCGAGAUGUCCUUGGCUUGGAAACCGAGCCACAACUUUGA